CGUCGGGUUCGUCAUAAGUACUUGUGGAAUCUCAAUCCCGUUGUAAAAUGUCAACACACUUGUCAAAGUUGUUUCACAGGAGUUUGUUUGCAAGGAAUCUUGUGGCUGUAGGUCGACAAGGAAGACGACUUAGUUCUUAUCAAGAGGAAAAGAAAUCAAAUGAUGGACCCAGAGGGUUGUUUUCAGAGGAGCAUCAACAACUUCGGGAUUCCUUGAAGAAGAUCAUAGAUAAAGAAAUCAAUCCAUAUGUUGAACAAUGGGAACAGGAGGGAAUGUUUCCUGCUAAGAAAGUUUUCAAAACUCUUGGAAAUGCAGGUCUCCUUGGAGUCACUAAACCCACAGAAUAUGGUGGUUUGGGACUUGACUACACCUACAGUAUUGCAAUAGCAGAGGAACUGGGCAAUAUUAAUUGUGGAGGCAUCCCUAUGGCUGUAGGAGUUCAGACAGAUAUGUCAACACCAGCACUUGCCAAGUUUGGCAGUGACAAGCUGAAGAGAGAAUAUUUGGCGCCGUCUAUUGCUGGUGAUGUUGUGUCUUGUAUUGGGGUCAGUGAGGUUGGUGGCGGAUCAGAUGUUGCCAGUAUAAAAACUACUGCAGUGAAGAAGGGUGGAGAUUAUAUCAUCAAUGGUGGGAAAAUGUGGAUAACUAAUGGAGUACAGGCAGAUUGGAUAUGCCUCCUUGCAAAUACUAGUAAUGGUCAUCCACACAGAAAUAAAUCACUUUUCUGUCUGCCAAUGAAUUUACCAGGAAUAACAAUUGCUAAAAAGAUUGACAAGAUGGGUAUGAGGUGUUCUGACACAGCUCAGAUUUAUUUUGAGGAUGUAAGGAUCCCCCAGGAUCAUGUGAUUGGAGAGGAUGGAAUGGGCUUUACAUAUCAAAUGCUUCAGUUUCAGGAGGAAAGACUGUAUGGAGCAGCUGCAGCUGUACAGCCCCUGGAGAAUUUGAUCAUGUCCACUGCAGAGUACUGUAGACAAAGAAAGGUUUUCGGAACAUCUAUUUUAGACCAGCAGACAGUGCACUUCAGACUAGCAGAACUGGCCACAGAGGUUGAGAGUCUUCGGUCAUUGAUCUACAGGGCAGUUGAGAAGUAUGUCUCAGGUGAGGAUGUGACUAAGCUGGCCUCUAUGUGUAAACUUAAGGCAGGGCGUUUGGCUCGGGAAGUUACCGACUCCUGUCUACAGUUCUGGGGAGGAAUGGGCUUCACUAAUGAGGUCCUUGUUAGCAGAUACUACAGGGAUUUCCGUCUAUUGUCCAUUGGAGGUGGAGCUGAUGAGGUUAUGUUGUCUAUCAUAUGUAAAUUUAUGAACACUUUGCCGAAACCACCAAAGAAGCAAAUGUGAAUUGCUGCUUUAUGCCAACAUAUGAUUAUCAAACACAAAAAUUAUUGACCAAUUCAUAUGAAUGUUUGAUAUUUUAAAACUUCUGGUGAAUAUACCUCAAACAUUAAAUUAUUGAAUUUUUCAUGUGAAUUUUGAUACUUAAUGAUUUUAUUAUACCCCCCUCAACAAGUUGUGGGGGGGGGGUAUACUGGAAUCAGGUUGUCCGUCUGUCUCUGUCUGUCUGUCCGUCCGUAGACGCAAUGGUUUCCGGGCUCUAAAGCAUUAUCCUUUCCACCUACCAUCACCAUAUCAUAUAUAUGGACUACCCAUGGGAUGAAAAUGUUCCCUAUCGAUUUUGGGGUCAAAAGGUCAAAGGUCAAGCGCACUGGACAUUGAAGUAGCAAUAUGGUUUCCGGGCUCUAAAGCGUUAUCCUUUCCACCUACAGUCAAUAUAUCAUACAUAUGGACUGCCCAUGGGAUGAAGAUGUUCCCUAUCGAUUUUGGGGUCAAAAGGUCAAAGGUCACGUGCACUGGACAUCAAAGUAGCAAUAUGGUUUCCAUUUAAAUUCUUUAACGGCUUUUUUCAUCGCAUGGAGAUGCUGUGUUCCUAGAUAAUCCAUUUCUCCCUACAAACGAGAAUACCCAAGGUUUGUCAUGCCAUUUGUUUUUUACACUCAAAGAGGUAGUUUAUACAUGUACCUAUUGCCAACACCCUUUGGGAGAUUGGGGUAAGCGGGGGGUAUUCUUAGUGAGCAUUGCUCACAGUACCUCUUGUUUUUUUUUGUUUUUUUUGCCCCUUUCAUGAAAUGGCUCCGGGCAUAUACAUGUAGUGUUUCCCUUUUACAUCUGUCAUUCUGUCAUACCGGUAGUUAGUUAUCCAGACUUUUUUUUUGCUGAGUGUAUAAAUAAUUAGCUAAUUUUUGUCGUGUCUGUAUAUAUUUAUGAUUUAUAGUUCAAGUUUGAGUUUAUUGACCUAAUUUUACAAAGUUAUUGCCCAUAAACUUUGUAGAUAAUGACCUAAUUUUUGGUAUGUCACUAUACAUUGAUGACUUACAGAUUAAGUUUAAGUUUCAUGUCGAUUGACCAAAUUUUAUGAAAGAUAUUACUUUGAAAAUUUCUAAUUAUGUGCAUGCAGGUACUGGGAUCACUUUGUCUUUUGACAUAAUUUGUCCAGAUUAUAUCUUUUAACACCAACAAACAGAUUGACUACAACUUUGUGUAUAUCUUAUAUAAACACCUGCAUUUUUAACAGGGAAUUUAUGUAUAUAUUUUUUUAUUUUGAGGGGGUUUCCAGAGUAUAUCUUAAAAACCAUGAACAGAUGUGAUUCAAACUAUGCAUAUAUUAUGUAUAAAAUGAAGUUGUGCACCUGUCAUUUUUAUUUAGAUUCAUUAGCAAUGAAGGAAGGUAUGGAUAUUUUCAUUUUGCCGGGUUUUUUUUUAACCUUUAUAGACUUAGAGUCAUUUUCUUUUCGAUUUUGUAACGAUCUAUUCUCUCACAGAGGCUACUGUAUAAGUUCAGGAGAGCGUGUAGUGGAAUGAUCUUGUCCAUUUCUCUGUCUUUCAGCCCAUCUGUCUGUAGAUAUGAUUUUGUCCAGACAUUUUUUAAGAGACUAGUGAUUGGAUUUUCCUUAAAAUUUGUAUACUUGUUUAUUACCCCAUGAUUUGAAGUCAAAGAAAUUUAGUGUAUCUUGUAAUUGACUUCUUUUAAUCAGAUGAAAUGUCAUGAAUAAUGUUAAAAAUCAUGUCUUUCUGGUCUUACGUAAUGUCCGAAAAAAACCCAAAUUCACAUUGUUUUCACCAAGACACCCCACCCCCUUUAAAACUAAAUAUGAUGACUGUUGAAACUAAUAGAUUAACAAGUAAAAACAUAUGAACACUU